GUUGAAUUGAAUAUUUUUCCUUAUAAUAGAAAAUAGUAGGCUUAGUGUUUUUACUCAGUUAAUAAUAAUAGGCCUUCGUAGUUUUCUUGGUAACAUACUAAGAUGGACGGCGUAUUAAAAAGUUUGAAUACAACAGGACGUCAUCACUUCCACCACGUGAUUCAGGUCGUUCUGAUUAGUCUGGCGAUUUGUUCUGGAACAUUGCAGUUGCUAAGCUACAUUUUCACAUGUCAAACUGUCCCACACAGCUGUGUCAGUCCUAAGACCAAGUCAAACGAGACAGAUGACCAAGUCAACGUCACGAGUGGCCAGUGUGACGUCACCUACUGGAAAAACAGAACUGCGGUGAAACAAGAAGCUUGUCUUGAUGGCUAUGAUUUCCAUCUACCUGUUGAAAGAUCGGCCGUUUCUCAGUUUGAACUUGUGUGUGAUCGCUCCAAUUUGGCACGUCUAAGUCAAACACUGGUCAUUGCUGGACAAGGUGUGGGGGCCAUCAUAGCAACUUUCUUCAGUGACCGGUGGGGCAGGAAGACGGUGCUGGUCAUCUCAAACUUCGGCCUCGGCUUGUUUGGUGUUUGUAUCGCCAUCUCGCCCAGCUACAUCUACUUCGCUGUCUUCAAGUUUAUUGUGGGGGCAUUUGAGCAGGGUGUUAUAAUCAACAGCGCUACCCUGAUGCUAGAACUGAUGACCACUGGUAACCGAAAAUUGUCGGCCGCAAUCAUCGGUGUAGUGAUAUCUUUCUCUGCAAUGUUACUAGCCCUCGUCUCAUUUUUCCUAAGGGAAUACUCUUGGCGGAUACUGCAAAUUGCGCUCAGCACAUCUUCAAUAUUUGUUAUCCUGCAGAUAUUUAAUCAACAUUUUGGCAGAUAUCUGGAUGAAUCUUUGCGUUGGAUGGUGGCCAACGGAAAAAUCAAUCAGGCUCUUGUUGUCAUCAGUAGAGCUGCACGGAUGAACAAAUGCGACGAGGUGGUUGUUCUAAAGAUCUUUCAGGAACAACUGAAGCAAGAAAGUUGUAUGAAAACUUUGCAAGUGCUUGAACCCAAGUCUUUAGAGAACUGGAACAAACUUGAAUCUUCGUUUCAAGAAGACAGUGGCAGACAAGAUAUUGAAGCUCAACAGAACAAUGAGCAGCGGGAAAUUGUGCCCCAAAAGAACAGUGAUCAAACGAAAAUUUUAUCGCAGAAGAACAAUGACCAAACGAAAACUUUAUCCCAAAAGAACAAUGACCAUUCGAAAACUGUAUCCCUAAAGAUCAAUGACCAAAAGAAAACUUUAUCCCAAAAGAACAAUGACCAAACGAAAAGUUUAUCCCAAAAGAACAAUGAUGAAGAGGAAACAUUAUCCCAACGAAACAAUGAGCAAGAGAAAAGUUUAUCCCCACAAACCGAAGACCAGCAAGACUCUGCUUGUCAGCCAAACAAAGACUUGUUCUUGUCUGAAAACGUACUAAGUGGACGCCAUCGUUUUGAUGGGGUCUCUCGGUGUCAGGCAGUAAACGAACACGAUUGGGUGUCCAACAAAGACGAGAACUCCCAUGAUGCCCAGAUGACAGAUUUGGUGUCGUCAAACAAAGAAGAGGAUUCACUUGAUGCCCAGAUGUCGUUCAACAAAGACGAGAACUCCCAUGAUGCCCAGAUGACAAAACAUGAACGGAUGUCGUUCUUUGACCUGGUGAAACAGAGACAACUGUUUGUGUCGUCUGUUGUAGCGGGUCUGUUGUGGUUUACAACUGCUGUGGGCUAUUUUGGGAUUUAUUUUACUUCGACUACAUUUGUUGGUAAUCGAUUUCUAAACUUUUUCUUAACGGCACUUAUGGAGAUUCCAUCCAACUUGAUGUUGUAUUCUAUUUUAGACAGAUUUGGCCGACGGAUCUCCACAGGCGGGGCAUUUGCAAUCCUUGGGAUAUCUGUGCUGGCUUCUGGAAUUUGUCGACACCUGCAGCAAGUGUACAACGACGACAUAUUCGCCUACUUAGCUCUGGGAUUUUCUCUUCUGGGAAUGUUGGGUGCAAGUUCUUGUUUUGGGAUUGUUUUCCUUUACACACCUGAAAUGUUUCCCACAAAUAUCAGAAAUAGGGCGAUGGGUGUGGCUUCAUGUGUUGGAAGACUUGGUGGAAUGUUGGCACCAUUUCUGGGAGUUCUGGCUGAGCAAGCCAUCUGGUUGUCUGGGCUGUUGAUUGCUUCCCUUUGUACUCUCGUCUGCCUCACUCUCAGGUUUCUGCCGGAGACCAAUGGCCGCGAGCUGCCGCAAAGUCUUCAGGAGUUGAAGCGUUGGUGACGUCAUCUGUGCCCCAGUAUUCAAUACGCAAGAACACGUUUGG